AUGGAAAGGAUGAGCAUUAAGAUCAUGGGAAUUCAGUAUUCAGUUUAUUCACCAUUGACCACUUACAGCGGAAUAGGAAUAUUCUUAUAUACUAAUGUCGAUGAUUAUUUCAAAAUAUUCUGUUAUCUUAUAAAAUGGGUGUUUGAAUGCUGGAAGUUUAUUGAUGGACAGUUUAAGUCUGGAGUAGGAUUUAUAGCAUUGAAAGCAAUCACAGAAUGCAUCACUAAUUGUGUACCUGUUUCAGAGAGAGUGAUGUUACUCCAAAUAAGUGCUCUACCCAUACAACUGAACAUUAUUCGGGUCUAUGCUCCAACAACAGACCAUAAUGAUGAAGAAGUUGCAGAAUUUUAUUCCCAAAUCUCAGUUGUUUUGCAGCAACUACCGAAGAAAGGUCUUACAAUAGUUUUGGGAGGUUUUAAUGCCAAAAUAGGAAGGGGAUCCAAAGGCGACAUUAUAGUUCAUUAUGGACUUGAUGUAAGGAAUGAGAGAGGUGAACUACUCAGUGCUUUUGCAGGAGAGUACAGAUUCGUAAUAACUAACACAUUCUUCACACUACCACCCAGACAUCUCUACACCUGGAAGCCCCCAAGAGCUUCAGAUGAAAAUAUUACCCAGAAUCAGAUCAAUUAUGUCUUGAUAAAUCAAAGAUAUAGAAAAAGCUGUCUCUCAAUGAAAACCUAUCCAGGUGCUGACAUUAACUCAGGCCACGUUCCCCUAGUUGGUGUCUUUAAAAUCAGAAUGAAGAGUGUUCAAAAGAAAAAAAAUGUCAAAAUGUAUUAUAUCCACAAACCGAAAGAAUCUCCCAUAAGAGAAAAUGCAGAGUCUGUAAGUGUCACCAAAAAGAAGUCAUGGAUGACUGAAGAGAUGCUUAAAAUGGUGAACAGAAGGAGGGAAGUGAAAAGUAACCUUAUGAAUACAAGAAUAUCAACAAGGAGAUCAGGAAAUGGAUGUGAGAAGCUUAGGGAAGAGAAAUACAUGAACAGUGCAAUGAAAUAG